AUGGAACUGCCAGGAGGCUCCAACGUUGCAAGCCCUCCUUCUUCCAGAUGCUCACUGGAGCGUCGCGUGGAGGAUACAGUGAAUGCGAUCGACUGGGAGGCGCUGUCUGCAAUCGCAUGCAAACUCCAUCGGGUCCAAUCAGCUCGAUGGGGUGAUCAGCUGUGGGGUGGAUAUAACGUUGUUCGAUUCCUCCACCUCGACAAUGCUGACAAGACGAUUAUUGUGGCCCGAGUGCCGCAUCGACCAUCCAAGGGAUACAUGCCGGAGCACGCCAGAGCGAUUUCGAACCGAAUUUCUAGUGAGGUGGCAACCAUGGAAUAUGUCGCCACCUACACCCGCGUCCCCAUUCCCCGUGUCUUGCAUUUCAGCGCUGAAGUCGAUCCUCUCGUGGGCUCGCCUUAUAUAUUGAUGUCGAAAGUUGACGGAGUUUGCCUCAGCACCCUGUGGGACAGCAUGACGGACGAUAAUCGCGAGAUCGUAUUACGACAGGUCGUUGAUAUCCUCCUGGAACUCUCAAACCAGCGCUUUGACAGGAUCGGUGCCCUAUUCAAAGGGGACGGUGUCGGCAAAGCAGCCUGGUGUGUGAAGACUGCAUCAUCUUUUGCAUCACCAGAGGACGAGAUCGAAUCUAGUGCUAUGGCAUCCACAUAUUCCAGUGGCGUUGAAUACUGGACGCGCUACGCGAAUGCGAUGCUACAGCGCAUACAUGACAAUAAAUUCGGAAAUAGAGGGAAGGAGUACGACUAUGUCCAAGUGUGGUUCCUUCGAUCGCUGAUCCCUCAACUCUACGACCCGUCGCUCGAUAGAGACGGAUUUCCCUUGUAUCCGAGCGACUUCCACUCUCAGAACAUCAUGGUUACCUUUACCGACUCCAAGCCUGUCAUUUCUGCGGUCAUCGAUUGGGAGGGUUCUACCACACAAUCGAUUGUUACCUUUGCACAUUAUCCGCUCUUCAUCGUUGAUCAUCCUUUCUGGGAUGACGACCACCCACUCCGCUUACGGAACGUGCAGGACCAAGCAACGUUUGACAGACUCCUGCGGGAAGCCGAGCAGAACGCCAAUCCGGGCGGCAGUCUCUUGCUCUCAUGUCUAUUCUCGAAUUGUCUGGGUGUUUAUCUCUUUGAGCAGGCUAUGCAAUUCCCUGGCUUAAUUCGUGACGUGAUCUACCCCCAACUCUUUGCGCACGUCUUCGGAAUAGUUGAGGAUGAGGAGGAGAAGUUCCAAACUGAAUACUACUGGGCUCUCUUGGAGAAGGGGAUUCUCAAGAAACUGACAUCACAGUUCAGAAGGGAAACGGAAGUUUGGCAUGAAGCGAUGAACGUCCUGGGCACUGAUGUUGUGCCCAAGAAUUUGCGUAGGGAUCAGUUUAGAGCUGUGAUACUGGAGCACGCCGAUCAGUUCGAUGUGGAUGGACAGGUCCGACAAUGGUUGGCUACCGAGGAUCCCAAGCCCGUGUCCCCUCCAUAG